UUAGAGUCCUCUAGUCUGACAGAGCUGGACCUGAGUAACAACGACCUAAAGGAUUCAGGAGUGAAGUGGCUCUCUGCUGGACUAAAGAGUCAACACUGUGAACUGGAGACUCUCAGUAUUUCAGGCUGUCUGAUCACAGAGGAAGGCUGUACUUCUCUGGCCUCAGCUCUGUCCUUACACCCCUCCCAUCUGAGAGUGCUGGACCUGAGCUACAAUCAUCUAGGAGACUCAGGAAUGAAGCUGCUUUCAGAUAAACGGGUGGAUCCACACUGGAAACUGGACACUCUAAGGCUGGAACCCUGUGGAGAGCAGUGGCUGAAACCUGGUCUGAGGAAAUAUUCCUGUCAACUCACACUGGACACAAACACAGUGAACAGAAAACUCAAACUGUCUGACAACAACAAGACGGUGACAGCAGGGACAGAGGAGCAGACAUUUGACUACCGUCAGCAGCUGCUGUGUAGAGAGGGUCUGACUGGUCGCUGUUACUGGGAGGUAGAGAGGAGCGGAAAGGUUCAUAUAUCAGUGAGUUACAGAGGAAUCGGGAAGACAGGAAACAGUAAAGACUACAGGUUUGGAUAUAAUGAUCAGUCCUGGAGUCUUAACUGCUCUGAAAUUCGUAGUUACUCUGUCUGUCACAAUAAGAGAGUAACACACCUCUCCUCCUCUGUCUCUGAUAGAGUAGGAGUGUAUGUGGACUGUCCUGCUGGCAUUCUGUCCUUCUACAGAGUCUCCUCUGACUCACUGAUCCACCUCUACACCUUCAACACCACAUUCACUGAACCUCUUUAUCCUGGAUUCAGUUUAGAGUCUGGGUACUGGUCAGGUUCAGUGUCUCUUUGUUCUGUGUAGGACAGAGAGUCUCCUCCUGUGCACAGAAACACUCACACUGCUGACCAACACACACAAUCUCUUUGUAAAUCAAACUCAAAAUUACAAGAGAACAAUACAUUAAAUUAGUCACUAA